AUGGCCGAAAAUGAGUCCCAGGUCGCGCGGGUCACCAAGCCCGUUAGCGAAGCUCUGCUCAACGAGAAGUGGGAUCGUGCCAUUUCCUCCAUGAUCAUCAAGUCCUCUAUCGGUCUUUCUUUCGGUGUCGUCUUCUCGGUGCUCCUCUUCAAGCGCCGAGCCUGGCCCGCUUGGGUUGGCCUUGGUUUCGGUGCCGGCCGUGCUUGGGAAGAAGCUGACGCUUCCUUCCGCCGUGGUGACUCCCCCGUGAGAGAUGCUCUGCGCCGGUAG